ACAGACCAGACAAAUCACUUCAUAUUUCCCUCAUCAGUGUCGGGACGAUAUGUCACUGUGAUCAGACAAGAUCAUACACAUCUGGUUCUUUGUGAGGUGAAGAUCAUGGGCACAAAGAUAGAAUCACCUUUUAAGCUAAUUAAGGAAAACAAGACCUGGGAAGCAGCACUGGGCCACUGCAAGGAAUUCCACUGUGGUCUGGCCUCCAUCCUGGAUGGACAGAUGCAGGCCUUUGCUGAGCUGGAGGCUGAGAAGGCCAACAGCCCCUUUGUAUGGCUCGGCCUUCACUAUGCUUGCACUUUGGACCUUUGGUUCUGGGUUGAUGAUAAUGUUGUACAUUUCAAACGCUGGGCUAACAACCCCCCAGAGGAGGACUGUGACAUGAGUGGAGCCAUGAAGACACAUGGAGACCAUCUGUGGUUCAGCAAGUCUGAUUAUGAGGAGUUUAAUUUUAUCUGUUUGCUUUAGGAAGAUUUGAGACUUCUACCUGGUUAUAAUGUUAGCAUUGCUUGGGUACCAUCAAAACAGCUCCU